AUGAUCGACGUAUCGGCUCUACAAGGUAUGUAUGUAGGAAAAUGAAAUGAUAAGAUAGUUUUGAGGCGAAAAUUUAUGUUUUUUGAUGUUGACUAGGAAAAAAAGAGAAGAAGAAGAAAUGAUAAUAAACAGAGGAGAAAGAAAGUGAAAAAUAUUUUUGUUGAUUUUUUUGGAGUGUUUCAUUUAUUAGGAGAGACAUUCUUCAGUUCACAACAAGUUAGUUAAAAAUAUACUUUUUUUUCAUUUCAAUUGACUUUUUCAAGCCAAAACAAAAGUUUGUUUGUUUAUUUAUUUAUUCUUGCACCCGGUUUUGAGACGUCAUUAUCAACCCCGAAAAAUGAGACCUUGAAAUUCUUUCUUUCCUUUGCCCGAUUUUUAAUUGAAAACCCCCACAUCCCCCAGUUUUUUCUUAAUUUUGAGAGGCCUCUUCUUCGCAAAUAUUUUUGUGUUUGAAAAUUUUUCUCGCACACACACACGCAUGUGAGCACUAAUCGCCUUAUUGUGUUAAUUUCGGACAAAAAAAAAAUUCGAGAGAAAUUGGGAGACAUUUUAUUAUGAUAGAUAAUAAAAUAUUUAUUUUUGAAAUAGGUACUGGAUUUUUUUCAGUUAAUUGGAAUGAUGACUUUUUGAAGGGCAGUUUUUUUAGUUUUGCUUUCUUGGAUAUUUUAAUUUUUUUUGUUCUGGGAAAUUGAGAAUUUUGAAUUAGAAAUCGAUAAGAAUUAUUUAAAAAUUGAUAAACAAUUCAAUUCAUCGUUUUUUUAUUUAGAAAACCUAUUUUUGGUUUAUCAACAUUUUAUUUGAUAUUUGAUUUUUUCACAUUUUUUGUGACACUUCACUUAGAAAAAACUAAUCUAUUUGAAACAUUUAUUAAUAAUUAAACAACUUUCAAAAGCUCUUUUCCCCACUCUGAAACUCUUCUCUUUUGCUCACUCUGUAAAAUCUUUUCAUGUGACACAAAAUUAGUCACCGCCCUUUUUUUCGUAAACAUGAAUACAAUCCGUUCCCAACUACAAAAAAUCCUACUCCUAAAAGAAAAACAAUUUCAAUUUCUUUUAUUUUUUCCAGAAGACACAAUGAGCUCAACAUCUAAUAUAACAACCAUUGAAGAAUAUGAUGAUAAACCAACAUCAGCAUUCUCAUGGCCGCCUGGACAAGCUUUUCCAUUUGAACCACUUCCACCAUAUCCAGCUGGCCCAAAUCUGUCAAAAAUCCGUUAUCCAAGAGAGGUUUCGUGUCCCAGAUAUAUUUGUCCUCAUUGUGAAGAACAAUUUUUGUUCCAUUCUUUGAACGGACUUUUGACUUGUCCAUUUUGUUAUACUUCGAUUGCAAUUGGAGCAUAUGUAAGUUAUCUCUACAACACAAUUUUAGCAACAAAAUUCAUCGAUUUUUUUUCAGAAUCGUAAACAAAUGUUUUUCAACUUCACACUCGGCUCGAUUGUUCUCACAAUUUCCAUAAUUAUGAUGAUUCUAAUUCUGACAAUUUUCAAAGAUCAAGUUUAUCUUGCUAUUCCUGCAGUCAUGAUGUUUUUUGCCGCCAUAAUUUUCUUCACCAAAGCCCUCCAAUCAAAAGAUAGUUACGAGGAGGCAAAAAUCCUUGAAGACAUGGAUAUUUAA